UAACCGAAAUGAUUCAGACUAGUCCAAAGCAGCCCAACAAAAUCAGAAUCCUUCAGGAAGGAACCUUAGUUGACGACGAAUUCGUGCCCAUAUUUCCCUCGUACGAAAGCAUCGACAGGGAUAAGUUCGUAACCAACUCGAGGGUGCGAAGAAGCAUUUCGUGCAACCAAAAAAUGAGGCCCCAAAAGUUUUCCCCACAAUUAAGCCCUCAGUACUACGAAGACACACCACCGUUUGUCUUCAGGGCCACCCCCAGCAGUAUUAAAGUACCCAAACGGGGCAAGAAGCUGUUCCACAACUCUCUUGGCUCAGACUACUUCACCGAAGAAGGCAGCAGCUACGAAACCAUCAGCAGCACCCCUGAUUUGCUUCUGGAGUCAUGGCAGAAGGUUGAGGACGAUAGUUUACUGAAGCCCAUCAGUGUUCGAUCCUUUGGGAGCACGGGACAGAUAUUCCCCAGUGCCAGCUCCUCUUUGAACCACAAAUACGAAUCGGUACAUUUUAACUUCAACAACAUUAAGGGUAAAAUAAAAGAAGACACCAGGCUACAAAGUUUAAAAAUGGAGAAGUACGAAAGGUGUGUCAAGAUGCAGCAGGUCUCAAACUUGAUGAAGUCAAUCAGGAAGAGUAAGCUGAAGAAAAACUUAAGUGCCCACCUGUUAACGCAAAGGAUUUUAUUGGAGUCAGACGUCAAACUGAGCAUACUGGAGAAGCUCAUGACAAAUUUACAAGUUGAAAACAGAAGCAAGUCUAAGCACUUGGGCACCCUUUCAGUUUCUAACUUCCAUUUUCCUUUGAAAGAGAAAAUAUUACCAGGAAAGGAGUUUUACUUGUUGAUUGCCACCAAUGGUGAGCAAAUUUAUUUGAGCAAAACCGUGCAACCAGUUGAGGACUGCCUGGACUUUGGAGACCAGUUCAGUUUUGCUGAUCAAGAAGCCAACUUUGCCAUCACAGUGAGCCUUUACUGGAUUAAUUUCAAAAAAAGUGAAAGGAGCUUGCUGACCUUGUUUAAAAGGAAGAAGAAGCAGUUCUUCACAGAAGUCACCUUAAAGUUUGAAGACCUGAACACUAAACAACUUGAGGAAGUGAACACCCUCAAGUCAUCCUUCCAACUAGUGGCUGAAGUAACUCUAACCAAAGACAACCUAGGAGAAAAGUCCCCCUGGACCCUGGACUACAUACAAUCCUCAUCCAGACUACAGGAAAAGGCCAGCUUCUGCUUCAACCUAGACAACCUAGCAAUCGACGCCAAACUAACCGGCUUCAUGAACAUGGGCCAGAAAAUCGGCGAACGAGUGUUCUGGGAGAAGAAGUGGUGCGUCCUGCGGGAAACGCAGCUGAAAAUCUUCAAUUAUCCCUCGUUCGAGGACUUCGUCGACCCCAUUUACUGCCUCAAUUUGAUCUACAGCGUCGGGCCGUGCGUGUCCACGGUCAACGGGAAGAAGAAAAGUUUCGUGCUCAAAAUCGCCAGGCCUGGUACCGCCAACGAUGUCGACAGACCCAGUCUUCGUACGAGGCCCAAUUUCGUUUUGGAGAAGUUUUAUUUCAGCGGCGACAACUUUGGGGAGUACCAGAAGUGGAAUGAGGAGAUACAAGACGUGAUGCAGGCUUUGGUAGACUGGAAAAAAAUUAUUUUUGUCGAUGAAGAUGCUGAGUACUCUCUUUAGAAGGUAACCAACCGGUGAUAGAAGUAAUUGUAACCAAAGACUGUGAGUCUAUGAGUGAAAUCAGCCCCUUUUAAAUGGAAAGAAGAAACAUUCCGUGUCGGGAUGAUGCUGAAUACUCUCUUUAAAAACUAAUGCUUAAAAGUAAA